UUCAAAGACGGUAAAAUGCAUUCAUUCUGUCUCAGAGUUUUACUUCAGAUUUUGAUUCAAAGAAUAACACAAUGAUACUUAGGUUUUCUAUUGUGGUAAUAUGUUUUAUCGUAGGUGAACUUGCACAGAGACCUGACGAUGAGGUUAUACAAGAUUCGUUUGAUGAUUGUCUAAAAUGGACGAACCAUGGCCAAGAGCCCACCGAUCAUGUUUUAACUGUGGAUCUGUUACUCUAUUAUUUGGGUAAUCACUCUCCUCGUGAUGCUGAUGUAAUUGAUUGUUACUUCGUGGACAAUCCAAGUGCAAAGGGGAAAAAAGAAAAUAUAGAUAAGGCACUAUAUGGUGCACUUUUACAACACUUUUGGAAAAAACAAUACGCUACCAUAUCAUUCGAAGUAUUCGCUGAAUUAAGGAAAAAUGCAGGGUUAGCGAGGUCUCUUAAAGAUAUGCAAGGUUGAUUUAAAAAUCGGUCGAGCUAUGAUGAUGAAAUCAAAAGUAAAAAUAAAGGUUAUAUGAAAAUCCUUUUUUUUUAAAGUCUAAUUGUAUAAUAUUUAAAAUAUUAAAAACUUUUUAAAAUGUUUAAAACUCUCGAAAAAUGUUAUUAAAAAUACAAUACGUCAAAUAUAUAAAAAAUUAAUAAAAUCA